AUGACAACGAAGAGAAGCGCAGAGAAGACUUCUCAGCACAUUUCCGGCGACCGCGCGCUCACGAUUGAAGAUAAUGCUGCAGACGCAGCUCGCACUGUCCAGGACGAGGAGAACGCAGAGUCGAACUUGCCUUCACCUCAAACUGCGGAACAAAAUCGGGGUGAAGCAUGGAACGUUCCGCGAUCCAAUAUCGGUCGUGUGGCCGCAUGUUUUUGGAGUCUCCUAAUGCUGGGCUUUUUCGACGCUGCUUACGGGGCCUUCCUUCCCUAUCUUCAGGAGUUCUACCAGGUCAGCUAUACGGUUGUCUCCAUAGUCUUUUUCGCACCUCUCGUCGGCUACGUGUUGUCGGGGACCCUUAACACCAGGCUUCACAACGCCGUCGGCCAGCGGGGCAUCGCUCUCCUGUGUGGCGGGAGCCACCUGGUUUCCGCCCUCAUAAACUGCCUGCAUCCCCCGUACCCAUUACUUGUCGUCUCUUUUAUGAUCGCAGGCCUGGGCAAUGGCCUCUCCGACUCGGCCUGGAACGCAUGGAUAGGCAACCUGCCGCGCGUGACCGAGUUGCUGGGUUUCUUGCAUGCCUGCUAUGGCGUGGGAGCAGUCAUCAGCCCCCUCAUCGCCACUGCCAUGAUCACGCGUUAUCAUCUGCCUUGGUAUACUUAUUACUACGUCAUGAUCGGGCUUAGUUCCUUGGAAAUGCUCGCUCUCACGACCUCAUUUUGGGCUUACACGGGAGCCUCUCAUCGGGCGAGAGCGGCCAAAUUAGGGGAAGGGCAACCCAAAGCCAGCAUGCGCCAAGUUCUGACCACAUUUCCCGAGGCCCGUUCGGCGUGGCUGUCGGCCUUGUUCGUGCUCGUCUAUGUUGGUGUCGAGUACGUCCUCAUCAGCCUGCUUCCAAAUCUGCUUCCCCACUCCCUGCUGCCAGAGCCUACACGAUAUUUGCUGAAUUUUAUUAUCAACAGAGUUUCUCUUGGCGGAUGGGUCGUCGAGUUCUUGCUGAGAGAACGCAAUGGUGCGCCUUUUGCCAGUGGCAUGGUGGCCACUGGCUACUGGCUUGGCAUCACAGCGGGCCGGGGCAUGCUCCCGUUUGUUACGAACUUGCUUGGUAUAAAACUUGCUAUCACGUGCUACCUCAUCCUGACCAUAGGCCUCGAACUAGUUUUCUGGCUGGUGCCGAGGUUCAUUGUCUCUGCUGUCGCUGUUGCGUUCCAGGGAUUUUUCAUCGGCCCCCUAUUUCCAACAGCAAUAACGGCUGUGACCAAGUUACUGCCAGAGCAUUUGCACGUGGUUGUGAUUGGCUUUGUGGCUGCGCUGGGCGGCUGCGGAGCUUCUGUACUGCCUUUUGCUAUAGGGGUUCUGGCGCAGCGGUUCGGAGUGACGGUUCUACAACCCGUAAUACUAGGUCUCCUCGGGCUGUCGUUGAUCAUCUGGUUAAGCCUGCCAAAGCUACCCGUACAGAACGCAGCACAUGGUAAAGGAGGAAAUCUUGUCUCCCCUUAG